UUGCAGGGGAGAGAAAAUUCGAGAGAGUGCGUGAGCCUUUCCUCAUUAUCUCACUCUCUCUCGCAAUUGCAACCUGUUGUGUUGUUUUUAUGCUGCUAUGCGUUGCUUGCACGAUCGCCGAAGGGGUGGAGUGUGCAGUGUUGCUCAAGCUCAUUUUCCUCGCUCGCUCGUCGUCGUUGAGGUCUAGCGAGGAGCGGUCGUCCGUCGGAUCGCGUAGCGCAUCGGAUUUUCUGCUCGUACGGAUCAAGCAGUGGCCAGUUUCGAACUUACGGUUGUUGCGCGCGCACGGGUUUUUCGCUUCCUCCCGCUACCUGCUAGACAAAUGUGGAUCCAUUAGCAAGGGUGUCUGUAGGGGACAUAGUUGAACGGAUAUUAACGGAGCAGCAGUCUCGCCACCCUUUUCGGGUAAUUCGGCAUUCCCCUCAUUAGUGUGGUUGAACGACGGCGGCAGCGAAAGGAGAGUUUGGGUUUUACAUAAUAGCAGUUUUAAUGGAUUUGAAAAUUCUGCACCCGAAGUGAACUGGGGUGACGAAGCGAUUUGAUAAGGUCGAUAAUUUCGUGGAUUUUGCUGAAUUAUUUAUAACACGUUGGGCGCCAAUCGCUGUGAACUUUCUCCCACGUUGUUACGGAUUGUGAGUUUUCGAACCAGUGAAUUGUGUCGUUUGCAGUUCGUUGAAAGUUGGUGAUCCUGCCCCGAGUGUUGACGGUUCAAAAUGGGCGCUGGAAGUGUGUUCACGUGUUUUGUCCAGCCGCAAAAUGAUGCGUGAGGGCAUCCCAGUACCAGUGCCAGCCUGAACGAAGGAAGCCCCAGUACUCUGCGAAACUUGAAAGUCUCCAAGACCGCCACCAGUGGAAAGUGAUUGUACAGAAAACUAAUCCAAUGUGAAGACCAGUGCAAUUUCGGAGUUUUACAAUCCACCGCAAUUAAUGGUUCAACCGCCACGACCAAGUGCUCAACUAGUUCAAACGGAAAGUCAGUAAGUGAAGCCCCCGCCCUCCGUAUUGUGAGUGAGUGAAUCCGUAUUGUGUGCAUUGCGAUGGUUUAAUUGCAUCAACUAGGCAAACGCAAACACCUCAACUACAACAACAGCAACGGCUUAGAAAGAGAGUUUGACGAAACGCCAAGUGACUGUGCAGCCAGUUCUGCGUGCGCCCAUCCGUAUUGAUAUUCAACUUCGAUUGUGAAUUAUUGCGCAGGUGCUGGUGCUGCAGCGCACUGCAGUGAAGGUGGAAAGGCGGAGUAAACCGAUUAAGGAGACCCUUACAGCAAAAGCAACAACAACAACGAAGACACCGACAACGAUUUCGACUGUUGAAACCAAGACGGCAGGAAUUUUUAUGACUUUACAACCGCUGCUGUGGGACGAGGAAGAGAAGCCUUUUCCAAGUUCGAAGUGAUCACCUACAUUCGUGGAUAGUGUUGUGUUCUGGUUUUUGGAAGUUUUCGAAACCUAGAGGAAAGGUUCGAACGACAAGACGAAGAAGACGGUGACUGGUGGUGCGCGGAAGAUACCUCUGAAAACAGAAUCGGACAAACUGCUGGGCAACAGGCUGCUGUGCAGAACUCAUUCAAGAUGGCUUGCGGUAUCUCGUGCGUGGACAAUGCUCUAAAUCGUACGUUUUACAAGUUGGGCAUCUUCAUCGGACGACAUCCGGGCUACUUUCUCAUAGUACCGGUGCUGCUGGCCCUACUCUGCAUGACCGGCUACCAACAGAUCCGCUACGAAAUCGACCCCGAGUACCUGUUUUCGCCGAUCCGCGGCGAGGGCAAAUCGGAACGUGCCAUCGUCGAGAACUACUUCAAGGUCAACUACACACACCGGUUCAACGUGGGCCGCAUCACCCGACCGGGUCGCUUCGGUCGAGUGAUUAUCGUCGCCAAGGAUGAGGACAAAAAUCUGCUCCGGACGGAGGUUUGGGAAGAGCUUCGGUUGCUGGAUGGGAUCAUCCAGAAUGCCACCGUUCACUACGAUGGCGAUACGUUCACGUACCGGGAGGUUUGCGCCCGGUGGGAGAACGAGUGCUUCACCAACGACAUCCUGAACCUGGAUCAGAUUAUUGGGGAGGUGGAGGCAGGCGAACUGAACCUGACCUUCCCGGUCAUGUUCAACCCGGUGACGUGGGACGCGCACGUCUUUCCGGUGUUCUUCGGCGGGACGCAAGUUUCGGAGGACAACCUGAUCAUUUCGGUUCCGUCGCUGCAGCUGGUGUAUUUCGUGACGGCUGACUCCAAGCGGCAGGACGCGCGUGGUGCCGCUUGGGAGGAGGCCUUCCUCGACGCGGUCGGUUACGCGGAAGAUAACGGUGUGUUCCAGCACAUCUCGGUCGCUCGGUUCGCGUCGCGUACGCUCGAUCACGAACUGGAAAAGAACACCCGAACGGUCGUGCCGUACUUUAGUUCGACCUUCAUCCUGAUGGCGGUUUUCAGUGUUGUGACGUGUAUGAUGGGUGACGUGGUUCGGUCGAAGCCGUGGCUCGGGCUGAUGGGUAAUGUGUCGGCGGUGAUGGCGACGAUGGCCGCUUUCGGGCUGGCCAUGUACCUGGACAUCGAGUUCAUCGGCAUCAAUUUGGCGGCACCGUUUCUAAUGAUCGGAAUCGGUAUCGACGACACGUUCGUCAUGCUCGCCGCGUGGCGACGCACCUCGGUAAAACUGUCGGUGCCGGAGCGCAUGGGCCACAUGAUGUCCGAGGCGGCCGUAUCGAUCACCAUCACCUCGCUGACCGACAUGAUCUCGUUCUGGAUCGGCAUCGCGAGCCCGUUCCCCUCGGUGCGCAUUUUCUGCACCUACAGCGGGUUUGCCGUGUGCUUCACCUACCUGUGGCACGUGACGUUCUUCGCCGGCUGUAUGGCCGUGUCCGGAUACUGCGAGUUCAAGAAUCUUCACGCCAUCUUCGGCUACAAAGUGCUCCCGGAGUCGGUCGCCAUCAAAGGUAAUCAAUGGUUCCUCUACUCUGACUAGGUGUACUUACUAAGGUAACACAUUGAAAUAUAAAUUUACCCGUAGAAGACAAUGUAAAUUUAUGAAAAUUGCUCAAUUCUGAGGCUGCAUCAGCCUU